GAAGAUGGCGGCAGUCGAGGCAGCUGCGGAGCCGGUAACGGCGGCGGUUGUGCCAAAGGCGAAGGAAGACGAGGAAGAAGAAGAGGAGUCGCUGCCACCGUGCGAGGCGGUGCGCUGGGCCCCCGUGGGGGCGGUGGCGGAAGCCGGGCCUGGGGCGGCGGCCUUCUCGGAAGAGGCAGCAGUCGAGGAGGCCGGCGCGGCCCCGGGCUCCCCGCCGGACUCGCCGGAUCGGACGGUGCGGCGGCUGCGAGCUGAAAGACGGCGCCUGGACUCGGCGCUGCUGGCGCUGUCAUCGCACUUCGCGCAGGUGCAGUUCCGCCUGCGCCAGGUGGUGCGCGGGGCACCGGCCGAACAGCAGCGCCUCCUGCGCGAGCUCGAAGACUUCGCCUUCCGAGGCUGCCCGCACGUCCUGGGCUACGGAGGACCCGGGGACUCCGCGGGCGACGAGGGCGACGAGCUACUGGGGGACUGCCGGCGGUUGCGCGGCGCCGACCAGGGCUUGAGUGAGCAAGAGAAACGGGAACGUCUGGAAACCCAAAGAGAGAAGCAGAAGGAACUGAUACUGCAGCUCAAAACUCAGCUAGAUGAUCUGGAAACAUUUGCCUAUCAAGAAGGCAGUUACGACUCCCUGCCGCAGUCCGUGGUCUUGGAAAGACAGCGGGUGAUCAUAGAUGAGUUAAUAAAGAAAUUGGACAUGAACCUGAACGAGGACCUCAGUUCACUGUCUACUGAAGAGCUGCGGCAGCGUGUGGAUGCAGCUGUGGCUCAGAUUGUCAACCCUGCCCGAGUGAAAGAACAGUUGGUGGAGCAGCUGAAAACUCAGAUCCGAGACCUCGAGAUGUUCAUCAACUUCAUCCAAGAUGAAGUGGGAAGCCCAUUGCAGACAGAGAGUGCACACUGUGAAUGCAAAGCCAGCGGGCAGACGGGCAAUGGCUCCACCAGAACUGGCAGCAGCAGACUGCCUCCAGGGAACAGCAAAUUAAAAGCCGAAGAUGUAAAGCGAGUUCGAGAGACGGGACUGCACCUGAUGCGGCGGGCACUGGCCGUGCUCCAGAUCUUUGCUGUUAGCCAGUUUGGCUGUGCUACGGGCCAGAUCCCACAAACCCUGUGGCAGCGGGGCCAGGCCGACAGGGACUACUCUCCCUUGUUGAAGAGGCUGGAGAUGUCAGUAGACAGAGUGAAGCAGCUGGCAUUGAGGCACCAGCCGCAUGACCGUGUCAUCACCUCUGCCAACCUCCAGGACCUCUCUCUGGGAGGCAAGGAUGAACUGACCGUGGCCGUGCGGAAGGAGCUAACAGUGGCCGUGAGGGACCUGCUCGCCCAUGGACUAUAUGCCUCCUCACCAGGAAUGAGCCUGGUCAUGGCUCCCAUUGCUUGCUUGCUACCAGCCUUCUCCUCCACCCCUGAGGCCAUGCACCCCUGGGAGCUCUUUGUAAAGUACUAUCAUGCAAAGAAUGGCCGAGCUUACGUGGAGUCCCCAGCCCGGAAGCUCUCCCAGUCCUUCGCCCUGCCCAUUAUGGGAGGCACCGUUGUGACCCCCAAGCAGAGCCUGCUGACAGCCAUCCACAUGGUGCUGACAGAGCACGACCCUUUCAAGCGCAGUGCAGACUCUGAGUUGAAGGCCUUGGUGUGCAUGGCACUCAAUGAGCAGCGGCUGGUGUCCUGGGUGAACCUCAUCUGUAAGUCAGGGUCACUCAUUGAGGCCCACUACCAGCCCUGGAGCUACAUGGCACACACAGGCUUUGAGAGCGCCCUCAAUCUGCUUAGUCGCCUCAGCAGCCUCAAGUUCAGCCUCCCUGUAGACCUGGCCGUGCGCCAGCUCAAGAACAUCAAAGAUGCCUUUUGAUGGGAAUGCCCUGACCCUAGACCAGCACCUUGCUCAGUAGGAUGAUGGCCAGUCUUCUAGGAUCAGAGCAAGGAGUAGAGAGGGCUACAAACACUUUUCUUGCAAAUUGCCAAAUGACUGCAGAGCUUCUUUUCCUCACCAACUUAGCAGCUCAGAAAGUUAUGCUAAAGACCCUCUUUUUAAAAGGGUCUUCCCUGGCAUGUACGCAGUAGUAUUCAGGUGGGCACCUAUAUUCAAGCCAGAGUAAAGGCAGUCAGUCUUGGCAGUUAACCCACCAAUGUGUUGGGUCGUGUGUGGUGUUAAGAAAGCGCAGUUAUUCUCUCCCUGGCAGUGAAUGGCAGUGUGAGUUCAUCCUAGAAGACAUCCAGCUUGAGGUUCUUUUUAUUUCAGAGCCAUCUUCCCUGAGAUGGGCUUGAGAUCGAGUCCAAGGUCCAGUAUCUUGGUUCCUCUUACGAAUCCCUUUGCUCCUUUCUUCCUGACAUCAAGGUCAGAGGAACCAAUGUAUAUUCCAUAACUGCCUCUGGAUAAAACUAGGAAUGGAAAUGACUUGAACAGAUUUUCUAAGGGACUUAAUCACAACUUGAAUUUAAUAUGAACCCUUUCUCAUGUAGAGGUAAGAACUGAAAUUCCUUCCUCACAAGGGGGUCUCCUUGUCACACAUAUCACAGACUUGUCUUUUGGCUUUGGAGGUGGUUGUGAGGAAUAAGAAUCAUUGUCAGGUACCAUGUCCCCUGGCAAGUAAUCUCUUCUCUGCACCUCAUCGGAUUCUGAUACCAUCCUUUCAGAAAGAUCUUUGUUAGAGGUAAAUCCCCUGACAGAAACCUUGCCACCAAAGGCCACUGUGAAGAGGAAUAUAACCCAGUGACCGACAGCAACUCCUUCUGGGGGUGAUACUCACCAGGUACCACUUGUCCUGCAGGCUGGAUGAUGGAGGACGUCUGAUCUUUCACCGGGUACUACAGCCAGAGUAGGAACUACAGCAGAUCACAGUUGCCAGGCACAGGGCUAAGCAUUUCAUUGGGAAAUUGACACUAAACUGGUCUGAUGUGGUCUUUAGGGUUUUAGUCUUUUUUGUUAAUGUGUCACUCAGCUUGCAUACUGCUCCAGGGCUAACCAAACAUCAGCAAAGUGUAUCACUUUCUGGAAAACCAAGUGGACUCCCAACACUACUGAUUCAGCAUUGUUUUAUGUAUUAAAUGGCCAGCUGCACUUUCUGUCUGCACUAUUAAUGUAGUGCAUUUUAACUUAUUUUUUUUCAACAACCUGUUAUUUAAGAUGUAUUAUUGAUAAUUUACUAGAAUUAGUCCUGUGUGUAACAGGGUAAGUGUAAAAUGUGAAGAAUGACAUAUCUGUGGUUGCCAAUAAAAUGAUAGUAUUUUGUGUA